AUGUUGUAUGAAGACAAGCCGUUUGGCGAGAUCAAGGUGAACCCACAGGACAAGAAGAGGAUAGCGUACUUCUACGACAGUGAUGUCGGGAACUACUCGUAUGGGUCUGCACAUCCGAUGAAGCCACACAGAAUUAGAAUGGCACACUCGUUGAUCAUGAACUACGGGCUGUACAAGUCGAUGGAGAUAUACCGGGCGAAACCGGCCACCAGACAAGAGAUGACUCAGUUCCACACGGAUGAGUACGUCGACUUUCUUGCCCGUGUUACACCAGACAACUUAGAGAUGUUCAAUAAGGAACAGUUGAAGUUCAACGUCGGAGACGAUUGUCCCGUGUUUGAUGGGUUGUUUGAGUACUGUUCGAUUUCCGGUGGUGGAUCGAUGGAGGGAGCAGCCAGGUUGAAUAGGGGGAAGUGCGAUGUUGCGAUCAACUAUGCUGGUGGGUUGCAUCAUGCAAAGAAAAGUGAAGCCAGUGGAUUCUGCUACGUGAAUGACAUUGUUCUCGGUAUCAUUGAGCUCCUCAGAUAUCACCCCAGAGUCCUGUACAUUGACAUCGACGUUCACCAUGGAGACGGUGUUGAGGAGGCGUUUUACACCACCGACCGUGUGAUGACUGUGUCUUUCCACAAAUAUGGAGAGUUCUUCCCAGGAACUGGUGAGCUACGUGAUAUUGGUGUCGGCAAAGGAAAGUACCAUUCCAUCAACGUUCCAUUGAGAGACGGUAUUGAUGAUCAAACAUACAAGAACCUCUUUGAGCCAGUGAUGAAGCGUGUCAUCGAUUGGUAUCAACCUAGUGCCAUUGUCUUCCAGUGUGGAGGAGACUCUCUCUCUGGGGACCGUCUAGGAUGUUUUAAUUUGAGUAUGUACGGCCAUGCAAACUGCAUCAACUACAUCAAAUCUUUUGGAUUGCCACUGAUGAUUCUUGGAGGUGGUGGUUACACAAUGAGAAAUGUUUCACGGACGUGGACUUACGAAACCGGGUUAUUGAACCAGAAAGUCUUGGGUCCUGAGUUGCCUUUUAAUGAUUACUUCGAGUACUACGGACCUGAUUACAAGUUGGAGGUGCGUCCAAGUAACAUGCACAAUGCGAACACACCAGAAUACCUCAACAGGAUAAUGACCCAGAUAUUCACCAACUUGGACAAUGCGAAGCAUGCACCUAGUGUUCAGAUGAACGAAAUGCCUAAAGACAUCUUGGAUUUUGAAGACGACGUUGAGGAAGAUGGCAAUGAGGCAAUCGACACAAGAGGAGGAAGUCAGAAGAGGCGGGAUGAGAUGACGGUGCCUGAAAACGAAUAUUUUGACCACGAUGAAGAUGCUGUCAAAGUCAAGGACAAGGACAUUGACAUUGACAUGACUGAUGCAAAGCCAGCGAUUUUAUCUACAUCGGAUUCGACUCCAAUGACUACUAGUGAACCUGCUUUCGAGCAAUCAACGACAACUACCGCUGCCACGACGGCGGUUCCAACGGAGACAACUACGGCGCCUGCAAUAGCCCCAGUUGCAAACGUGACGCAGGAAAGUGUAAAAUCAGAAAGCAAGCCAGAACCUGAGAAUACUACUACUAUUACCGAUACGGCUGCUGUCACGGCGGCUGAGGGAAAAAAAUUCGAAGCUAAAGUUCCCAUCGAAGAUAAAAUGGAUACAGAUCCAUGA